CUACAAUGAUUCUGCACAUUGCACGUGGCAUCAUAAACUAUUACCACAGAAAAGAAUUCAAGAAACCAUCUACUCGGAUCUCUUCACCUCAUGGAUCAGGCCCCCAUGACUUAGGUUGAAUUCCAAGUAGGCUACAUGCCCAGUGUGGAGCCCAAUGUGGGGCUUGAACUCACGACCUUGAGAUUGAGACCUGAGCUGCUGAGAUCAAGAGUCAGAUGCUGAACUGACUGAGCCACCCAGACAACCCCCAGGUAGGUGUUUCUUAACUAGACAUGUCAUUAGUUCUUAAAAGAUCCCACCAAAGUUAAGGAAACCCUAAAGUGAUUGGAGUAAUUUUUUAAACUACCUUUUUCUAUUUAAGCAUAUCAAUCAGUAUCUACUUUAAGAAAUUAAUCAAUUGAUACAUUCUCUUUCUUUUAUCUCCCUUCACCUAGUGCCUUGACUUGUUUUUUGUUAUAUUAUUGUCAGGUUUUGAGACCUGUACAUUCUCUUCUGUAACCAUAACUUCCUCAAUUAUGAAGCAUUAGUUUAUGUCACUGAUUCCCAACUGGGGGCGGUUGUGCCCUAGGGGGAUAUAGGGCAAUGUCUGGAAACAUUUUGGGUUGUCAAACCUGUGGGGAGUGCUAUUGGCAUCUAGUGGGUGGAGACCAGGAAUGCUGCUAAAUAUCUCAUAAUGCACAGCCUCUACAACAAAGAAUUAAUUAUCCAGCCCCAAACCUAAGUGCUAUGGCUAAGAAACCCUGAUUUAAUGUCUAAGUGGGAUUCAAAACUCACCAAUAGUCCUUGUAUUCUUUAAUGUUGUUGUUGUUAGCUGAUUUUAACAUCUAGUAGAUUUUUUUUUCUUCAGAAGGGCUUAUAAUGACUAUAUUCCCUUGCUUAGUUGAUAAUGUCUGUCUACUGACUUUAUAUGGAGAAUAACUUGGCUGAGUAUGAGUUUCUUGUGUUAAAUUUUCUUUCCCUCAGAAAAUUGUGGACUUUGUUCCACUGUUAUUUGGCAUUAAAUAUUACUUUGAAGAAACCCAAUGUCAACCAAGUUCUUUUCUCUUGCUAUGUGUCUGUUGCAUAAUAAAAAAUUUAACUGGCCUUUGUCCUUGGUUCCUAAGCCCUUGGAGACUCUAAACCCUUAGAAUUCCUGAGUAGUAGGAGUAUCUUUGUUAUUCAUGAACCCCUUAAAUUACACCUGAGUUUAUGCUAGCAAAGUGACUCAGGAGGAAAGGUCUGGUCACCUGAAGGGUCAACUAUGUGAUUACAUGGUUGGAACUUCAAAGCUAUCCCAACCUCUGGAAGAGAAGGAGAGCUGGAGAUUGACUGCAGUCACUUGGCUAAUGAUUCCCUGAUAAAAACUUGGUGAAGCUUCCUGGUUAGUGAAUACAUUGGAUGUGCUGGGAGGAUGACAUUCCCUGAUUCCACAGGGAGGGAGCAUGGAAGACCCUCCCAGACUUUGCUUUAUGUUUCUCUUUAUGUGGCUGGUUCUGAUCUAUGUCAUUUGUAAUAAAACUAAGUAUAGCACUUGAGUUCUGUGUUCUAGUGGCUUAAGGAACAUACGGGAGUUGUGGGACCCCCUGAUUUUAUAGCCAAUUGGUCAGAGGUUUGGGUGGCCUGGGGGACCCCAGAACUUGCAGUUAACAUAUAAAGUGAGGAAAGUCUUGAGGGGAUUGUACCUUUAAAGCUGUGGGGUCUGAUGCUAAUCCCAGUUAGUGUCAGAACUGAAUUCAAGAAUAGUAUUGUAAGUGCUGCCGCUGCCGCCGCCGCCGCCGCCGCCGCCGCCGCCGCCGCCGCUGCCAGUCAGUCCGCGUUCGGUUCUUCAGCACCCGAUUCCCCCGGACCCAUCGCCGCUUCUAGACUUUGCUGCGGGCUCGGAUCUUGCCGGGAAAAUGUCUGAUGAAUUUUCGUUGGCAGAUGCACUACCCGAACACUCCCCUGCCAAAACGUCUGCUGUGAGCAAUACAAAACCUGGCCAACCUCCUCAAGGCUGGCCAAGUUCCAACCCUUGGAAUAACCCAAGUGCUCCACCUUCUGUGCCAUCUGGACUCCCACCAAGUGCAACACCCUCCACUGUGCCUUUUGGACCAGCACCAACAGGAAUGUAUCCCUCUGUGCCUCCCACCGGACCACCUCCAGGACCCCCAGCACCCUUUCCUCCUUCUGGACCAUCAUGUCCCCCACCUGGUGGUCCUUAUCCAGCCCCAACCGUGCCAGGCCCUGGCCCCACGGGGCCAUAUCCUACACCAAAUAUGCCCUUUCCAGAGCUUCCAAGACCAUAUGGUGCACCCACAGAUCCAGCUGCUGCUGGUCCUUUAGGUCCAUGGGGAUCCAUGUCUUCUGGACCUUGGGCGCCUGGAAUGGGAGGGCAGUAUCCUACCCCUAAUAUGCCAUAUCCAUCUCCAGGGCCAUAUCCUGCACCCCCUCCCCAAGCACCAGGGGCAGCGCCACCUGUUCCAUGGGGCACUGUUCCACCAGGAGCCUGGGGACCACCAGCACCAUAUCCUGCCCCUGCAGGAUCAUAUCCCACACCAGGACUCUAUCCCACUCCCAACAAUCCUUUUCAAGUGCCUUCAGGACCUUCUGGUGCUCCACCGAUGCCUGGUGGCCCCCAUUCUUACCAUUAAGUUAAUGGACGAAGAGAGGACGCUUUGCUUUUUGAAGUACAUAUAUAUGCACAUGAAUGCAUAUAUAAAAAUUGCUGGUUUCACUAUUCUUAGAGGGCAUUCAUGAAAGAACAACUCUUGCACCUCUCAGAGAAGAUAUCUGCCUCUUGUACUUGGAUGUAUAGUACAUCUGAUGGAUACAAUCAGAUAAAAAUGUAAAAGUAAAUCAUUCAAAUGUGAUUUUUAUUCGGUUUUUAUUGAACGUUAACGUGAUGAAGUAUAUUGAUAGCUCUUUGAUAUAAUUUGUUUAAAAAAGUUUUCGAUUUGUUUAAAUUAUGAAACCACACACUUAAAAACCUAAAAUGUGGGUUAUUGUUAGAAUCUGCAACCUCAUUGGCAAAUUAGUUCAAGUAUUUUUCUAUAAUCACUUUUUCCCCUAAAUAAACACACUUUGAAAACAA